AGGAGGUAGCAGCGGCGGCCAUCUUGGCCGGUUUCUCUUCGUGUGCUUCGCACGCUGCUACCCGGGGAGAAGUGCGAGUGUUAUCGCUGAGAACAGGGGGGAAGAGGCGACGUCCCUCCCAUUCUCCACCAACCGGCACCUGCCUCCUAAGGCAGCGGUAGCAACCCCUCCCCGGGCCUCCAUAGGUUUGAUUUUUAAAAUUAUUGCCUAAAACCAGAACAGCCAACGGUACACCCAAGAUGGCGGACAAACUGACAAGAAUAGCUAUUGUUAGUCAGGACAAAUGUAAGCCAAAGAAAUGUCGUCAGGAGUGCAAAAAGAGCUGCCCUGUUGUGAGGAUGGGAAAAUUGUGCAUAGAAGUCACCCCCCAAAGUAAGAUUGUAUGGCUUUCAGAAACCCUUUGUAUCGGGUGUGGUAUCUGCAUCAAGAAAUGUCCUUUUGGCGCCUUGUCAAUUGUUAACCUGCCAAGCAACUUGGAGAAAGAAACCACCCACAGAUAUUGUGCCAAUGCCUUUAAGCUUCACAGGUUGCCUACUCCCCGGCCUGGUGAGGUGCUUGGAUUAGUGGGAACCAAUGGUAUUGGAAAAUCAACUGCAUUGAAAAUUCUGGCUGGAAAACAAAAACCUAAUCUUGGGAAAUAUGAUGAUCCUCCAGAUUGGCAAGAAAUCCUGACUUAUUUUAGGGGAUCAGAGCUGCAGAACUAUUUCACCAAGAUUUUGGAGGAUGAUUUGAAAGCUAUUAUUAAGCCUCAGUAUGUGGACCAAAUUCCAAAAGCUGCGAAGGGCCCAGUGGGGACCAUUUUGGAUCGAAAAGAUGAAACAAAGACCCAGACUAUAGUUUGUGAACAGCUUGAUCUUACUCAUCUGAGGGAUCGAAAUGUGGAGGACCUUUCCGGAGGAGAGCUUCAGCGAUUUGCCUGUGCGGUCGUUUGUAUCCAGAAAGCUGACAUCUUCAUGUUUGAUGAACCAUCUAGUUAUUUAGAUGUAAAGCAGCGUCUUAAGGCUGCUAUUACCAUCAGAUCUCUAAUCGAUCCUGACCGUUACAUUAUUGUUGUGGAACACGAUCUGAGUGUCCUGGAUUAUCUUUCGGACUUCAUUUGCGUCUUGUAUGGCGUUCCAAGUGCUUACGGUGUAGUCACUAUGCCUUUCAGCGUCAGAGAAGGCAUCAACAUCUUCUUGGAUGGCUACGUUCCAACUGAAAAUUUAAGAUUCAGAGACUGCUCUUUGGUAUUCAAGGUAGCUGAAACUGCCAAUGAAGAAGAGAUUAAGAAGAUGUGUAUGUACAAGUAUCCAUCAAUGAGGAAACUGAUGGGAGAGUUCCAGCUGAGGAUUGUUUCUGGCGAGUUCACAGACUCUGAAAUCAUGGUCAUGUUGGGAGAGAAUGGAACUGGAAAAACGACAUUUAUCCGUAUGUUGGCUGGCAGACUGAAGCCUGAUGAAGGGGGUGACGUACCAGUUCUUAAUGUGAGCUACAAACCACAGAAAAUCAGUCCAAAAUCAUUAGGAUCAGUCCGUCAGUUGCUGCAUGAAAAGAUCAGAGACGCCUACACGCAUCCUCAGUUUGUUACAGAUGUAAUGAAACCAAUGCAGAUUGAAAAUAUUAUUGAUCAAGAGAUUCAGACUUUGUCUGGGGGAGAGUUACAGCGAGUGGCUUUAGCUCUGUGUCUCGGCAAACCUGCAGACGUGUACCUUAUUGAUGAGCCUUCAGCAUAUCUUGAUUCUGAACAGCGUCUCACAGCUGCCAGAGUCAUUAAAAGAUUUAUACUUCACGCCAAGAAGACAGCCUUUAUUGUGGAGCACGAUUUUAUUAUGGCCACUUAUCUCGCUGACCGUGUCAUUGUUUUCGAUGGUAUUCCUUCUAGAGACACUGUGGCAAACAGCCCUCAAACUCUUCUUGCUGGAAUGAACAAGUUUUUGUCUCAGCUGGAAAUUACAUUUAGGAGAGAUCCCAACAAUUACAGACCAAGAAUAAACAAGCUUAAUUCUAUAAAGGAUGUGGAUCAGAAGAAGAGUGGAAACUACUUUUUCUUGGAUGACUAAAGCAAAUUGGAAAGAUUUAUAAGCUCCCUCUAAUAAAUGUACUGUAUGAAGCCUUGGCUUUUAUACAGACCACCAGACUCUCCAACAUGGUGCAUUGUGUUACAGUAUAUGUGUCCAAUGUUAACACCCCAAACAGCUGCCUGGUUAGGGGAAGAGAUUUGUUACUCAUUCCUUGGUUCUUACAGUGCACAACAUACAGAUUGGUUAUGGUUUCAUCAAAUGUCUAAUUUAUUCAUCCGCAUUCUGUUUCCCUACUUUUAGAGUCUAAUGAACUGUAUUUCUCUAAAAUAUGGUUUAGAAAAUGCUGCCAUCAAGAGUACAAUCUUAUUUUAAAGAAUCAAAAUCUUUCUUGAGGUUUUGAAAAUUAAACAUCCACAUCAAAGCGG